CAAGGACAUCACACGACCGACCAUCCUCAAGCCACAAAAACCACAGUGAUAGCAGCUAGCUACGGGGCACACAAAUUCAGCAACAAUGGCUCUGGCUGUCUGGAGAAGCAAGAACAGCACGACCGAGGCCGCCGUCCAGAGCAGGUACUUCGUCCUCGCCGGCGCCGUCAACGGGGGAAGGACCCCAAAGGGGUACGUUCCGAUAGUAUUGGUCGGCGGCGGCGACGAGGGAUGCGCGGAGGAGAGGGUCCUGGUGCACGUCGCCAUGCUCAAGGAGCCGUGCAUGGAGGGUCUGCUGGAGAUGGCCGCGCAGCAGUUCGGGUACGGUCAGCAGGGCGUGCUCAGGAUCCCCUGCGACGCUCGGCAGUUCCACCAGAUGAUGGUUACUGUCCACGGCAAAUCCAGAUCAUAA